ACUCUGAUGCCUUAUUUUACUACAGACUGACUGCUUUCUAUUUUGAGAGUUAUUUAAAUGGCAUCAAUACGAGAUUAUGAUCAAAUAUUAUGCAUUAUUUGCAUGUCAAAAAUACAAAAUCCUUUAAUGAGUAGAAUAUGUGGUCAUUCUUAUUGUGAUACUUGUAUUCUUUAUCAAUUGGCCGAAAAAGAAGUUGAAUCGUGUCCUAUUUGUUCGAAAGCGUUAAGCGAAAGAGAUUUGGUGGAAAAUAUACACUUGAAAGACUAUUUAAAAUUACGCCAGUUUCAUGUUAGUCUGAGACAAUGCUCAAAAUGUCAUUCGGAAGGGAUUUGUUCAUUUCAUAAGUUGUUGCGCAAUGAGAACUCAUUCGAAGAUGACGAACUAGCGAAAUUAGAUUGUUUUGAAAAGACAUUGAAUGGUGAUACUGAUAAAUUGCCAUCAUUUAGUAUGAUAAAAGAUGAACUUGAAUCAGACAAGCGUACAUGUCAAAUAGAUUUGGAAACAGUUCGUAGAGCAGCUAGAGAAUGUAAUUUAAAACUAUCUGAAGAGAUGAUGGAAGACGAUGAGAUUGAAGAAUCUAAUCCAAUGAUUGAUCGUCAUAUAGAAGAUAUUGAAAAAAUUUUGUUAUCUUAUGGCAGGGAGUUACCAUCUUAUUUUCAAGAUCUUGGUCCUAAAAUAUGUCAGAUAUCUACAUUUAGUUUCCCUAAUUUAGAAGAAGCUAAUGGUAAUUCAGAUGUAGGAGAAGUAGAACUUUUAAAGCAAUUAGAUUCUCCACCACCUAUCUUGAAGUCUAUACCAGAUGAAGAGUAUAAAUCAAAACCUGAAGCAGCUUUGAAAGAUUAUGUUAAAUUGUGUUUAGGACAUAAGUAUAUGUCCUCAAAAAAUAAGCUAAGUGAUUCUCCAUCAAUAAAAGAAUUGGAAGAUGCUUACGAGGAAAAGCAAGCUGAAGAAGCAUCUCUUUCUGCCAAUAAAAAUGUUCGUAAAAGUGAUUUUCAAAAAGGUAUAGAAAGGAUUAUCUGUGCGGCAAUUAGAUAUUCAAGUUUAGAACAAUUAUAUAAAUUUCAUGGUACUGUAAAUACCAACACAAUAACUCCUAGUAUUCAAACAAUAAGCUUCAAUAGAACUGGAGAGUUGUUUAUUGCUGGCGGCACUAUGAGAUUUGUCAGAGUUUACGAAUUUGAAAAUAUGAUAAAAUCACCACAGAAUUUGGCACCUUAUGUAAACAAUUUCGAUUGUCAGCAUAGAGUGUUUUCAUCUUGUUUCAAUCCAGUUGAGGAUGCAAUCUUUAUAACAGGGAAUAGUAAUGGUGAAUUGACAUGGUUCGACUCAGUUCAUUGUUUGCAGAAAAGUAUGGAUAGUCUUGUAUCAUCUAGUCAUUCUCAAAAUCAUGCUGUAUUUUCAUUGGAUUGGUCUUCGUGUUUUAAAAAUGUUUUGGCUUCCGCUGCAGCUGAUUCAAUUUUGAAAAUAUGGGAUAUCAACAUAUCAAAGCCAAUUGUAAAGAGUAUUAAGAUAAAAGAUCCGAUAAAUUGUGUUCACUUCAACCCAGUGGACUAUACAUUAUUAGUAGCCACAGAUGCCUAUUCUAUUUUUACACUAGACUUUCGGAUGUUGAAGAAAGAAUCAAGGAAUUUUAAGAUUUACGCUCGUAAAAUACCUUACGCUAAAUGGAUAGAUCGUUCACAUUUUUGUACAAGUUCCAAUGAUGGAACUGUUCGCUUGUGGCAUAAAGAUCAUAACACUCCUCUUAUGAAAUAUGAAGAUCACAAACUCACUGAAAAUUUUACAGGAUUUGACGUAAAAGAUGAUCUAAUAGCGGUCGGUAGCGAAGACGCUAAAGUUUACAUAUACGACAAACUAUUGUCAAAGUCAAUACUAUCUCAUGAAUUUCAAUUUUCCACAACCCUUAUGCAAUUAGGAGGCGACGAUAUAAUAAGUGGUAGCAAAUUAAAUUCACUUAUUCCUAGAUCUAUGACAUGGAGGCCUAGGGUUUACCACGACGGACGAAAUAUUUUAGCUGUUGGAACAAGUACCGGCGAAAUUCAAAUAUUAUCACCAAAAAGAACCUACGAAUCAGAAGACAGUUAAGAUAAUUAGUUCAAUUAAAUAUUUGAACUUUCGCUAAUUUUCUAUUGUUAAAGAAGUUGAAUUUUUUUUUUGUUAAUUUUAAAAAUUUCUCAAGUUAUAAAAAAUAAUGAAAAU